AUGCCACAGUAUUUAGUGAAGUCAUACAAAGUUUGUCUUUUAAAUCCCGUGCGUGUUUACUGCAGUUGUGCUGCUAGCGCUUUGGGGACCAUAAUGUCAUCGAAACGUAGUAAAUAUGAACGCAGAAUUCGAUCGGCUAAAGUAAAAGCCAGAUCAGAACUUGGCGACUCUCCACAUAGUUGGUAUUCUUGUAAAUAUGCGGAUAACUUCAACUUGUCUCUAAGUACUGUCCAUGAUUGUUGUCCACGUAUUGAUGCUUGCAAAGUUGCUUAUGAAGAAUUUGUAGCUGAAUAUGAACACCCUUACCAACCUGUCGUAAUUCAUAACGCUCAAACAGAUUGGAAGGCUGGUGAAAAUUGGACACUAAAGCUUUUGGAUAAAAAGUAUCACAAUGAGAGGUUCAAAUGUGGUGAAGAUGAUAAAGGUUGUCCUGUUAAAUUAAAAAUGAAGUAUUUUAUUCGAUAUAUGAAGGAAAACGAAGAUGAUAGUCCGUUGUAUAUAUUUGAUGCGAACUAUGGAGAACAUUCAAGGCGUAAAAAGUUAUUGAAUGAUUAUAUGAUAUGUCGGUAUUUCAAAGAAGAUUUAUUUUCUCUGGGUGGAGAGAAAACGCGACCUCCUUAUAGAUGGUUUGUAAUGGGUCCUCCACGUUCUGGUACGGGUAUACAUAUUGAUCCUCUUGGAACAAGUGCUUGGAAUGCACUAGUAAGAGGAUACAAAAGGUGGUGUUUGUUUCCACCGCGAACUCCAAAAGAACUGGUUAAACCGAAACCGUCUGAUGGUGGCAAGAAUCGAAACGAAGCCAUCUCUUGGUUCGUGUAUGUAUAUCCACGCACACAAGCAUCUGACUGGCCAACAGAGUAUGCCCCUCUUGAAAUACUUCAAUGUCCUGGGGAGACGGUCUUCGUUCCUGGUGGUUGGUGGCAUGUUGUUCUUAACCUAACUAACACCAUCGCUGUUACGCAAAACUUUUGCAGUUCUACUAACUUUCCUAUUGUAUGGCACAAAACUGCACGGAAAAGACCAAAAUUUGCUAAAAGGUGGUUAGCUGCUCUCAGAAUUAAUCGACCUGAUUUAGCGAAGAUCGCAGACAACAUAAAUCUCUCCGAGCACUUUCCAGAUGUCCCUUCAUCUUCAUCAUCAUCUUGUUCAUCCUCAUCUUCACGUUCCUCUUCGUAUUGCUCAACUUGCAGUUCUACAAAUCAGUCUCCCGAAAAGAUGCGUCAAUCUAAUACCAGGUCCGGGCUACAUUCAGUUUCACGGUCACCAACUCCAAAACGUAGACGAUGA